AGUACGUCAGUUAUCUGGGCUCUGGGCAUUUACUGCACUCUCUCCAAUUUCAGAUGGAGGGGAAAAGAAGGGAGAGCAGAUUUUAAUCAUUCCUGUGUCUUUAAAGCUACUCAUCAAAGCUUUGCCUUUUCUGGGAAGGAAAUAGACGAUGUAUCGCGAACAGCAAAGGAAGCACGGACGGUGUACAGGAAUGGAUAUUUAAAACUUACACGGCCCUGGAUGUAGCCGUUGCUUUCUUUUCCUUGUUGGCUGGUACAUGGGGUUUGAUCACAGUGUGGAGGAUUGUACUGUGAAGUGAACGGAGGAUCAUUUGGAAAAUAGGCUAUUGCGUUUAGGUAGCUGAAGACUUGGGAAAAAUCCUUACCUCGCUUCGUCUGGUUGUAUACUGGUCUUACGGUGAAACUUAGCAGAAUGAGAUAGUUAUUUCUCAAAACUUGCAUUUAUUAUGUGCUUUAUUCACGAAUGAACCAUUUGAUAUUUUACUGUCAAGCACGCAGCUUGUUGUAAAGACGUGUAUUUUUAGAUUCGCUUUUUGACAGUGGGUCAUGAAUAAAUAGGGUGGUGGAAAACAUGGGCCAGCGACAUGAUUUCUCUGCCUUGUCUGCAGUAUGCAGAUAUUAAUGUGCUCCACCAAUGCAACAAAGUUGCAAACCAAGUGAAAUGCAUGUAGCCUAUUGCAACUAUAUAUCAGAUUUGCACCUGUUUAAAUGAAGAGCACUUCGAUGUUUUAGCGCUAGAUCUCGAAAAUACGGGCAAGAUUUAUCGCCUGUUCGUCCUCAUGGAGCAGUUGAACAUUUGUUUGUUUAUUAUUUUAGGGAGCUAUUUAUCCAAGGUCAUUCUGUAGAUUGUCCGUUUUUAUUUAUACACGCAUGUACAUAGCCUAUUGUAAGUUCGUAACGUUAACCUUAGUAGUCCCGUAAGGGAUCCGAACAGCCGACGCUUUGUGAUCUGGUGAGAUUUUUUAUUGCAACGAUUGUAAAAUGGAUGGGAAAUUGAAGCAGAGUCGGAGAUCGCGUUCCCAGCGUGAGAGGGGACGGAGACGGGAUUCUGCUGGCAGGGAUGCCCGCAAUCUGAGCCCUUCGUCUUGCUCAGACAGGGAGCAAACUCCUGGAAUGGAUCAUGCCUCUCAGAAUGGGAAAAAAGCCCCCCGUUCUCAUUCCACAUCUUCUACCAGAGCCCCGCGCCCCCCUCGUCGAAAGAGACGCGAGUCCAGCUCUCAAGAAGAGGAUAUAAUCGAUGGAUUUGCUAUCGCUAGCUUCGUCAGCUUGGAGUGUCUGGAGAAGAAGAAUGGCUCCAUGAAGAUGCCCGAUAGGAAAGAGCGAUGGGAGAAGCCGAUGGUGAAGAGGCAGCGAGAGGAGCAAGCGAACGGCGUCGCGGACGGAGUUGACCCCGCGGAGAAUGGGUUCGACGAGUGCGCCGCCAGCCUCGAGCGCGACCGGGAGCGGGUGAAGGAGAGGCUUCUGAAGAAGACGUACUCCAAGAAGAACAAACGGUUCAAAGGGUUUCCAGGCCGACCAGGAAGGAACCUUGAGGAGGAGGCCAUGCAGGAGCUGAGCAAGCCUCACCGGAGCAACUCCAGAGACAGACUCAGUGAGAGCUCGACUCACUCGCUGUCAGGGCGCGGCUACUCGUGUGACAGCGAGAGCGACAUUGAUGACAAGGCUUCUGAUGUAGGAUCAGAGAAACUUUUCUCACCGACUGCAGCUAAAGGUGUGACGCCGAAUGAGAAUCACGUGUCCAAGACCUGCAGUGCAACCAAAGUCUCAGGCCUCCAGCGCAGCCAGGAGCAGAGCAACGAGGUGCCCUUCGCGCCGCCCGCGCCAAGCCCCACCCCUGCCUCUCCACCCACCGGCUCCCCAGCGCCCGCUGCCGCGCCGCCGCCUCCCCGGGUGCGGCCCACGCCGCCUCCUCCGCCCCUGCCCCUGCCUCGGCCUCCGCUGAGCGUCAAGAAGGAGGCCGUCGCUGUCGUUGCCACCGCUGUCGCCACUGCGCCGCCGCGCAUCCCCACCCCACCACUUCUCAGGACCCAGGGCCACCCCCACCCCCACCCCCACCCUCACCCCCAGACGCAGGAGCUGCGCGUGCCUCCGCCCCAGCACCACCUGCGGCCCGUGCUCAACCACCCUGUUCACCACCCGCUGCAGUACAACAGCCUCCACGACAUCAGCAGUCACACCGGGGGUGUCAGCAGCAGCCUCCCCCUCCCCAAACACCACCUUCCCCCCUCCCCCCACCUCAGCAGCCUGCCUGCCUCCAACCCCAACCUCCACCUGUCUGUGGCCAACCUCUCUACCUCGCCCUUCUCUUUGCGCUCCUCCGCCCAUCGCCAUCCGGCCAUGUUCGCAACCCCCGCCACACUGCCACCACCUCCAACCUUACCAACCAACAGCCUGGUGGUCCCGGGUCACCCCGCGGGCACCCCCUACCCAGAUACCAGCCUGUUGAUAUCAUUCAACCAACCAAUCAUGUAUUGCCAGCCUCAUUCGGGGAUUCUGAUUGGCACAUUGUCACAGGCAACUCUCUUACCACCACCAAUGAGUCCUCACGUAGAAAACCCUCACAGCAUGAGCUGGAGAAACAGAGAAUGCCAGUUCGACAAAUAUGCUCCAAAGCUGGACAAUCCUUUCUUAAGACACUCAAGCUUCUUCCCCUCCUACCCUCCCACCAUGCCUGGGAUGCCUCCACUGCUGCCACAUUCAGGACCCUUCAGCUCACUGCAAGGAGCAUUCCAGCCUAAGGCCUCUAAUCCCCUGGAUGUCGGCGCUCGGCCUGGAGCCAUACCUCACACUCUCCUGCAGAAAGAUCCUCGGGUACCAGAUCCCUUCAGGACAUCAGUAAGAAAGCCUGGCAAAUGGUGUGCGGUUCAUGUACAAAUCGCCUGGCAAAUCUACCACCAUCAGCAGAAGAUGAAGCAGAUGCAGCUGGAUCCUCACAAACUGGACAUGAACGGGAAGCUGGACCUGUUCAGCCGGCCGCCCGCCCCAGGAGUCUUUCCAGGAUUCCCGUACCCUCAUGACCUGGCGCGACCUCUGUUCUCCUCUACAGGUUCAGGCCAUCCAGCUGCUUCGCCCUAUGGCCCUUCACCACACCACAGCGGAUUCCUGCCCACGAGCCACCUGGCAGGUAAGCAUCCUUUUAGUCGCUCCACUACCUUUGGCGGCCUCGGCAACCUUUCAAGCAGUGCCUUCGGAGGAUUAGGCAACCCCUCGCUCGGCGCCAACAACGUCUUUGGUCCAAAGGAUGGGCCAGGAUUGCCGGGCUUCAGCAGUCCCCACCACGACACCUGGAACCGGCUCCACCGCACCCCUCCCUCCUUCCCGACCCCUCCACAGUGGCCCAAGGCCGCGGACAUAGAGCGGAGCAACUCGGCUAACAGCCACGAGCGCGAGCGAGAACGGGAACGAGAGAGGGAGCGAGAGAGAGAGAAGGAACGAGAGAGGGAGAGGGAGAAAAGGGAUUCCUCCAUUGGAAAAGAGGAGAAAGAUAAAGACAGGGAUUCGCUGGAUCGGAACCGCCACUCCAACCGGUCCUCCCCUGCCUCCGCCCCAGUCGGCUACCAAAUCAGCAACCUGAUUCGGUCCAACAGCCAGAACUCCAGCGACUCGGGCCGCCACCACAGCUCGGAAAGGGCCCGCGAGACCGAGAAGGACAUGAUGGAGCGCCACCGAGAGGCCGCCAUGAUUGCCGACAUCAAGGUGAAGGAGAGCCGCUCCCCCGGAAAAGAGGUCCAGGAGCGCCGGUCCUCCGAGGACCAGUGCAAGCCCAUUCACCGCUCGCCCUCGCCUUACUCCAAGGCCGUUAACCCCGACACCGGUCUCAAGAUGGCUGCCGCCCUUCCUCCACCAAUCAAGGACGGCGACCGCAAGGAGCCACCAUCUGAGAUGAUCCACAAGGUCAAAAACGACAUGAAGAUCAAGGAGGAGCGCAAGGAGGAGCAGGAGGUGAUGGUGGUGGGGUCCGAGCCGCCCUCUCAGCCCACGGUGCCUCCCCCUCCACCUGCACCUCCCGCCCCUUCUGGCCCGCACCACCUCCACCCUCAGAUGACCCAUCAGCACCCUCCGCCCUCCCCCCGCUGCAGCGACCUCCCGACCUCGGCCGCCCUCCACGGCGUCCCCAUGCCGCACUCGCUCCCGCUCUCCAUGUCGGCCAUGCACCAGAUGGGCAGCCUGAAUGUGCUGGACCGCGCCCGCAUGGCCCCCUUCAUGGGCGUGAGUCCGUUAGCGGCGGCGGCAGCGGCUGGGCGCGAGCGUCUGCAGCACCCGGCGUUCAGCUGGGACCCGCUGCGGGAGGCCUACCGCAACCUGGACCUGCAGCGCCGCAUGGACUUCCAGCUGCGGGCCGAGCAGGUGCAGCGCUUCCAGCAGGGCUCCCCCUACGCCGAGGCGGCUGAGCGCGGCUACCGGGAGCGCGAGCCUCACGACUACGCGCACCACGAGCACCUGAUGGAGGUGCGGCGCGAGCAGGAGCGCAUGCGGCAGCAGGCCGAGGAGCGCGAGCGCAUGCACCUGCGUGAGGAGCUGGACCGGGCACGCCUGCACCAGCUCCACCAGUCGCCCAUGGAGGGACACCUCCCGCACAUGCCCCCCUUCAUGUCGCACCUCGGGGGGAUGCCUUACCCGAGACUUAGCCCCUCCACCGGGCACAAUGGCCUUCUCAACCGCACGCCUCCCACCGCAGCACUAAGUGCCCCACCGCCACUCGUGCCCUCGGGAAGUGCCAGGCCGUCCUCGCCCAGACGGACUACCCCCCUCACCACCCAGGACCCCCGCGAUUACUCCCCCUCACGAAACCCCAAAGAGGUUGAGGCGCGAUAGCUUCACUUAUCUGGAUUGACUUUGGAGAGGAGUCUCUCCCAUUCUGAAGACAGAAUGCACUUAUUUUCCUGAGCGAAAAUCAAAAAUGUAAAAAAAUUGAAAGAGACGUGUAUAAAUUGUACAAAGAUUUGUACAGCUGAAGAAGCACACGCCAUUAUUUUAUAUGGACUUGCAGAGAAGGUUGGUUUGGAAAAAAGUUGAAACUCAAAGCAUAUGUUCAUUACCAAUUUAAAAAUUGAUAUUAAUAUAUUAAUCCAAUUCUUCUAUCAUUUUUUUCGUGUGAAAAGUGAAAUUAUGAAAUGAGUUUGUACAUUUCCUAUUAUCUUUCCAUGUAUAGACAUUAUUUUUAUGAAUUUGCAUAUUGUUGCAUUACAGUAUGUCACAUUUCCCCCAGUAUCUAUUCCUGUCCACUGUAAAUCAUGUCCACAGUGGAGGCUGGAUUUUUUUUAAAGAAUUGCUUGAACAGUCAAUUUUCCCUACGGUACCUUAAAGUUCUCAGUGCUGAUGUAAAAGAAAAUGACAUUUAAGGUGGUUUUGUUCAAUUGGUUUGCCUUUGAGAUUGAGACAAAAAGUGUAUUAUCCCUGUUGGUUAUUGUAAAGAAAAACAAUGUAAAUAUCUUGUUGAUAUUCCGCGAGACGAAAAAUUACCAUGUAAAUUUACUAGGCUUUUUAAAUGUUUCUAGAAAAACAAAAUUAAAUAAAAUUGAAACCACUUCCGAAAUGAAACCAUGGUAACAGACCAGCCAGCGCAAUCAAAAAAAAGCAAGCAUUAAAGCGCGGUCAUAGAGUGAAGACAUGCAAUCUAUGCAACAACGCAUUGGAAGACCGUGAUGGAGUACAACCUGCAAGUGAUAUUGGGAAUAUUUUAUGAGGAAGGAACCUGGAUUACUGACACCCAUCUGUUUUUCAAACAAAGGAUUAUAAAACUGAACUAGAGCCUGCCAGGUCCAAGACAAACUUUCAUAGAAACAAAACAGUCUUGCAGCCCUAGAGAACUUGGGAGGAAAGAGAUUGAUUGAUUGGGCGGCAAUAGACUUUCUCUGUCGACCUUGUGGUGUUGUGCAGUUUCUUCUUUUCUUAGACUCUUGUAUACAAAACAAGUAGAGUUUUAGGCGUGCAAAAAAUGAACAUUCAUGGUUUUAAAAUGUACGGAAUAAAGGUUGGACCUUAUAUCUGCA